AUGGCAGUUUUACAAUGUAUACCCAAUACGAUCCAUGUAUACGAGGGUAGUUUUACGAAGUCUGAGUUCACGAGUAUCGAUGCUCAAAGACUCAUAGAUAUUCAUUCACAAUCACCAUCUGUCCAUGUUAAGCCUGAAUACCUAUAUAAUUCUGCACAGUCACAAUCACUUUCCAAUAGUCAAUCAUUUGAUCUCGAAGAAAGUUCUUCUUCGCCAUUUAGAGAAUCGAAUUCGACACGUGAUUCGUUAUUGUCAACUGUAAGCGAAAAAGUUGUUCUCAUGACUGGCGCAGAACAAUCAAGUGUGGUUCAACCACUUCUAACUGAUCUCUAUCAAAUAUCCAUGGCAUACGCUUAUUGGAAAUCAGGCAAACAUCAAGAAAUGGCAACAUUCGAUUUAUACUUUCGAAAAAAUCCGUUCGGAGGUGAAUAUACACUGUUUGCUGGUUUAGAAGAAUGCUUGAAAUUCAUUCGUGAUUAUAAAUUUCAUCCAACGGAUAUUGAAUAUCUUCGAGCAUCAUUGCCAGCAUAUCUUGAAGCAGAGUUUUUCGAUUAUUUAUCAAAAUUAAAUAUGAAUGACAUCAAAGUUUACGCCGUUCCAGAAGGCACAGUCGUCUUUCCUCGUUUACCUUUACUACGAGUUGAAGGUCCAGUACUCAAAACUCAAUUACUCGAAACAACUUUAUUAACAUUGAUUAAUUAUGCAAGUUUAGUUGCAACUAAUGCUGCUCGAUUUCGUUCAGCGAUUGGAGCCGAUAAAACUUUAUUAGAAUUCGGUCUACGUCGUGCACAAGGUCCUGAUGGUGGCUUAAGUGCAUCGAAAUAUUGCUAUUUAGGUGGAUUUGAUGGUACAUCGAAUGUACUUGCUGGUAAACUUUAUGGCAUUCCGAUUCGUGGCACACAUGCUCAUGCAUAUGUGAAUUCAUAUGAAUGUUUGGAAGAUCUAAGCGAACGAGAGCUAGCUGAUCGUAUUACCGGGGAACGUCGACCAUUUACUGAUUUAUGUGUGCAAUAUUUAAACGAACUUGGUCCUAUACUGAAAAUUUUGCCUGAAGAAACGCACAAAGGCGAGCUGGCAGCAUUUAUUUCAUAUGCAAUUGCAUUUCCAACAAACUUCCUCGCAUUAGUUGAUACAUAUGAUGUACUCAAAUCUGGUCUACCGAAUUUUCUUGCUGUUGCGCGCGCAUUACAUGAGUGCAACUAUCAAGCUGUGGGCUUACGCUUAGAUUCAGGUGAUUUAGCUUAUCUAUCGGUAGAAGUUCGAGAAAAAUUUCAUACCGUUGCUGCCAACUUCAAUUUACCGUACAUGGGACACUUUAAUAUCGUUGCUAGUAACGAUAUCAACGAAGAUACAUUGGUAUCAUUAGAGAAACAAGGACAUUCUAUUGAUUCAUUCGGUAUUGGUACACAUUUAGUCACGUGUCAACGACAACCGGCACUAGGAUGUGUUUAUAAAUUAGUUGAACUUGCUAAUUCGCCACGUAUCAAAAUUAGCCAAGCUAUUGAAAAGGUCACUAUACCUGGUCGCAAGAAUCUCUACCGUUUAUACGGUCACGAUGGUAAAGCAUUAUGUGAUGUUUUAACAAGUAUCGAUGAGCCUCAACCUCAAGCUGGCACUCGUAUGCUUAGUCGACAUCCAUUUUUAGAACAAAAACGUGCAUAUGUAACACCAUCAGCUGUCAAAAACCUGUAUGUUUUGUAUUGGGCUGACGGAGAGAUUAAAGCGCCUUUACCAACACUGAAAGAAGUUCGAGCUUAUGUUCGCGAACAAAUUGAUCAACUCCGAAAAGAUCACAUUCGAGAUCUAAAUCCAACGCCAUACAAAGUGUCAGUUACCGAUAGUCUAUUUCAAUUUAUGCACAAGCUUUGGAUGAAAAGUGUACCAAUUGGCGAACUUGAUUGA